CCAAGCAAGCGUUUUCAGGAAAUGUUAAAAAACAAAGAGUGCUACAAUAAUUAAUCAUAUUUAUUUUUCGUUUCUAUAGUUUACCGAGUUACUGGAACAAUAUAACUGGUAACAAUGGAAAAAGAUUUAUGAAUUCAGCGAUGCAUAUACUGCAUUUCAAUGGGAGAGAUAGAAAAGUUAAUUUAUUUACAAUAUAUUUUACUAGUGUUUCCUGACAAACUUUCUAGUCUUAUAAUUGUUACCCAGUUGGUGCUUGAGUGCUCUCAAUAAAAUCCCUGUUAUUUACAUAUGAUUACUUGAAACAAGUUUGAUCUGCAGCAACUGAUCACACUUUUAAACUCCUUAUUCAAUUUUUGGUAGACCAGAAUACUGGGUCCUAUGGCUAAAAGGAAGUUCCAAACAUUCACUUUUUUUACCAAUAAAAAUAAUAUAUUUGUAAUACCCCAAUCGUAUUGUCUGAUGUUUAGUGGCUCAGUGUAAGCCAUUUCAAAUCAAAUUAAUCCUAGUCUAAAUAGUGCAAAUGAACAAGGUACAAAAUAGGCCCGACUAAGUCAAUGCCAUUCCAGUCAAGGUGAUUUAUUUGAGAUAUAUUUGUGUGUUAGUGGGUAAAACAUGUAGAACUUGUAAUGUGGAAAAGAUUGAGUUGACUUAGUGUGUGUAACAAGUGUGAGAUGUGAAUAGAACCAGGCAUGGUAGCUUGAAUAGAUGGUCCAAGUCAGGUUUUUGACCAAUUAUUAUUACGAAAAUCCUCACCUUUCGGGAGCUCUUAAAUGUAAAUACUCCCCGACUUCAAUUUAUUGGAUACUUUGAGGAAUGACAAUACAAUACGAGAUUCUUCAGAAAUCACAAGACCGAUGCCCCUUCUAACAACCAGAGAAACAAUUAAUAUAGGUACAUAAAAUGUUCUGACAAUCUUGGAGAAUCAGUCAAAUAGCUACAGAAAUGAGGAGAUACAACUUGACGGUUCUUGGAAUCCGUGAGACCCAUUGGACCCAACCUGGACAGAAAAUGAUAGAUUCGGGAGAGAUGCUGCUGUACUCCAGGCACGAAGAAGAAAAUGCCCCACACACUCGGGGAGUUGCUCUGAUGCUGUCCAAAGAAGCACGUAUUGGAUGGGCAUCUCACGGAUCCAGAAUCAUUAAAGCAUUUUUCAAAACAAAGGAGGGAAUCACAAUAAGUGUUAUCCAGUGUUAUGCAACCACCAAUGACAGCAGCGACGACGAUAAAGAUCAGUUUCACAAGAGGUGCCGAUCAAUCGCAGCGAAGUGCCCAGGAAAGGACCUCACUAUCUGAUGGAAGACUUAAACGCCAAAGUCGAAAUGGACAACACCGGGUAUGAAGAUAUCCUGGGACGACAAAGAUUGGGAGGAAGAAAUGAGAAUGGUGACAGAUUUACAAAUUUAUAUGCAUCCAACAAAAUGGUUAUAGACGGCACCACAUUCUCAUACAAACGUAUACACAAGACUACAUGGAUCUCGCCGGACCGCACCACGGAGAACCAGAUAGAUCAUAUUUAUAUCAAUAAAACCCAGUAGAAGACGUGAGAACCAGGGGAGGAGCUAACAUUGCUUCAGAUCACCACCUGGUGGUUGCCAAGAUGAAACUGAAGCUAAAGAAGCACUGGACAAACAGCAUUACAAUCAUUCAAUACAGCCUUCCUUAGAUAUACUGAAAAACUCAACCAAUUCAAGAUAACUCUCAACAGCAGAUUCCAAGCCUUACAAGAUCUACUCAAAGAGAAAAUUACCAUGAAGAACAACUGGAAAGAAAUCAAAGAAGCACCAACUUAAAUGUAACAGGAAGUGUUCGGCCCCAAGAAGCAUCAUCAUAAGGAAUGGAUCUUUAUGGAAACCCUGAACAAGAUUUAAGAAAGGAAGAAAAAGAAAAUAGCAACUAAUAACAGUCGAACAAGAACAGAAAGUCAAGGCACAAGUUGAAUACACAGAAGCAAACAAGCAAGUCACGAAGAGCAUUAGAACUGACAAGCAGAAAUACGUGGAAGACCUAGCAACGGCAGUGGCAAAAGCUGCAAGCGAAGGAAAUAUGAAACAACUAUAUAACACGACGAAGAAACUAGCAGGGAAAUAUAAUAAACCAGAUAAACUGUUCAAGGACAAAGGCAAUUCAGUCACUGAAAUUCAAGAAUAGAGGAACAGAUGGGUAGAAUACUUCGGGGAACUCUUGAAUAGACCUGCUCCAUUGAAUCCACUGUAUAUCGAAGCAACGUAUACAGACCUUCAUAUGGAUGUCACUCCACGAACGAUCGAAGAAGCCAGGAUGUCCACCAGACAAAUCAACAGUGGGAAAGCAGCAGGACCUGAUGAUAUACCAGCGGAAGCACUGAAGUCAGACUUAGAAGCAACUGCGAACAUGCGCCACAUUCUAUUUAGGAGGAUUUGGGAAGAGGAACAUGUGCCGACAGACUGGAAAGAAGGAUACUUCAUCAAAAUACCAAAGAGAGGAGAUCCGAGCAAGUGUGAGAAUUACAAAGGCAUCACAUUAAUGUCAGUACCAGGAAACCCGAUGAAAGACACCCGACUUCGAGAUCAACAGACCAGAUUCCGUAAGAAUCGGUUGUGCACAGAUCAAAUCGUGACACUAUGGAUCAUCGUUGAACAAUCAACUGGAUGGAAUUCGUCACUAUAUACCAACUUCCUCGAUUAUGAGGCGUUUGACAAUGUGGAUAUGUAGACCAUAUGGAAAUUUUCUUCGACAAUAUGGUAUACCUGAAAAAAUCGUCAACACCAUCAGAAUUCACACGACGGACUACACUACAAAGUGGUGCAUGGAGGACAGCUGACAGACGCAUUCCAAGUGAGGACCGAAGUCAGACAAGGCUGCUUACUCUCAUCUUUCUUCUGGUGGUUGACUGGAUUAUGACGACUAACACGUCUGAGUGGAAGCACGGAAUCAAGUAGACGACUUGGACUUCGCAGAUGAUCUAGCUCUUCUAUCCCAUACACA